GUGAAACCCACUGAUAAAAAAAUCAAUAGUCUUUCCUUUUUGGUUAUUUCUUGUAUGCCUUUUGCCCUUUCUCCAAGCUCUCUCUAUACACCUAUAUUAUCACCCUCUUUAUACUCUCUUCAACACUCAUCCAAAGGAAAAACCCAGUUGCACAGUGAUGGGUCUUUCAACAACCUUUCAUCUGGGGAUGUUUUCCUUAGCAUACUGAGCUAGCUGGACUCAAGAACCCUCUUCUUCUUCUUCCACUAAGAAGAAGAUGGCAAUUCAACAAUACGAACAGCACCCUUCGUUCUUGCUAGACACACUCUACUGCGAAGAAGAGAAAUUGGAAGAAGAAGAAGAAGAUGAUGAAAAUGAUGACGAAGUUGUAGAGGAAGAGAGUUCUUCGAGGGGGUAUAACAAUGGCCGAAACCCUUCGUUUUUCCCACUUUUGUUGUUGGAGCAAGAUUUGUUUUGGGAAGACGAGGAGCUUCUUUCGCUUUUCUCCAAGGAAGCAGAGCAGCAUCAGCAGCAGCCCUGUUCCGAUGAGUAUCUAGCAAUGGCUCGCCGUGACGCGGUGGAGUGGAUGCUUAAAGUCCAUGCUCGCUACGGGUUCACCGCUCACACGGCCGUACUCUCCGUUAACUAUCUGGAUAGGUUCUUAAGUACCUUCCAGUUUCAAAGAGAUAAGCCUUGGAUGAUCCAGCUGGUGGCCGUCACUUGUCUCUCUCUGGCUGCAAAAGUUGAAGAGACACAAGUGCCUCUCCUUCUAGACCUACAAGUUGAAGAAAGGAAGUACAUUUUCGAGGCAAAAACUAUACAAAGAAUGGAACUUUUGGUACUCUCAACUCUCAAAUGGAAGAUGCAUCCCAUUACACCGCUUUCAUUUCUCGAUCACAUCAUACGAAGACUCGGGUUAAAAAACCAUCUCCAUUGGGAAUUUCUCAAGAGAUGUGAACAUCUCCUCCUCUCUGUAAUCUCCGAUUCAAGAUCUGUCCUUUAUCUCCCAUCUGUAUUGGCAACUGCAACAAUGAUGCACGUUAUCGACCAAGUCGAGCUUUUCAAUCCCAUUGAUUACCAAAACCAGCUCCUGACUGUUCUUAAAAUAAGCAAGGAAAAAGUAAAUGAGUGUUACAAGCUCAUCCUGGAUGUAUCAGGCAAUGCGUGUAAGAGGAAGGUGAUUGAUGGAGCAUUUGGCAGUGAUAGCUGGAACCAGUCAUCGACGGAGCCACCUUUUAAGAAGAGCAGAGCCCAAGAACAAGUAAUGCGUUUGCCAUCACUCAACCGAGUCUUUGUAGACAUGGUUGGCAGCCCUUCUUAACAAAAUCUCACUUGGUUCAAGGAAUCAAAUUUUAAGUUAAAAAAAGAAAAGGUGCAUUGAAAUUGAAGAAUGUAUGGAGUUUGUUUCUC